AUGAAAGAACAAUCUACGGUGGCAGUGAUCGGCGCAGGCUCGAGCGGGCUUUCUAUGCUCAAGACCCUGCGCGAAAAUGGCUUCAAAGCGACGUUAUAUGAGAGGCGGAGCCAAGUGGGUGGUCUUUGGGCUUAUUCCGACGACCCAACUAUGACUUCAGCUCUAAAAUCUACGACGGCGAACAUUAGCAAGUACACUUGUGGGAUGACAGACUUCCCCAUGCCUGACAAAUACCCAUAUCACCUAACACAGGCCCAGUUCCAAGAGUACAUGGAGCUAUAUGCCACGCAUUUUGACAUGAUGAAGGAUAUCGUGUUCAACGCAUUAUUAAAGCGAGUCGUUAGGAACGAACAAGACACGAAGUGGCUGAUUGAAGUCGUUAUUGACGGUAAACUCCAGAUAAUAGAAUACGACAAAGUCGCGUUCUGCCAUGGAUACCAAACGAGGGCAAAAAUACCAGAUUUUGAGGGUCGUGAGAAGUUUGAGGGCAUCGUAAUUCACUCCCAGGUUUAUCGGAAGGUCGAUGAUUUUAAAGGGAAGAGGGUUGUCGUCGUUGGUGUCGGGGCCACCGCGGGGGAUAUCAUAAGGGAGUUGAUCCCGGCAGCAGAGAAAGUAUACGCUUCCCAUCGCCGAGGAAUGAUGGCCAUACAGAAGUGGAGAAAUGGAACACCCGCCGAUCUCCUAGCUACCCGACGAAGAAGACAAGUUGCCAUGUUCUUACAACGUAAUUUCCCCAGCGCCAUGAGAGUUCUUGCAGAUCUAGGAUGUCGAUACGUAUUAUACUCGACAUACGGUAAACUCGAUCCAUCCUGGCGCGUUACACCAUUCCCUUCCGUUACCUUAUCAAUAGCUGCCGCUGCCGAGAAUAUCAUUCCGUCAUUUAAGGACGGGACUUUGACGUCACUCCAUGGAUUGAAGCGAUUCGUGGGGCCUCGAUCGAUUGAAUUUGAAGAUGGUACUAUCAUUGACGAUAUCGACGCCGUUAUAUGCGCCACAGGUUAUACCGCAGAUUUUACCGUCGCUCCGUUUAUCGAGACAAGUCGCCCGCCGAAUUAUGGUGGACCACCAAUUGCAAGACUAUGGAUGAAUUUAUUCCCCCCGAAAUAUGCCGACUCCAUAUGUUUCCUUUGUUACUCAGCGUAUGGGAAGAAUAAUGGUUUCUCGUUCUCGGAUGUGAUCUCGCUAGCAGUGAGCAACGUAUGGCGGGGUGCACAUCCAGUCCCAUCACAAGAAGAGAUGGAGAAACAAGUGGAUAAGCAUCAACAAUGGGUAGCGUCGAGAUGGAGGCUUGAGAAUAGUAUAGACCCUUCGAUGGUUAAGCAGUGGGAGUUCCAAGGUUGGCUUCACGAAGCCGCGGGUACAGGAUUGGAGAAUUUGGGUUGGGGUUGGAAAGGUUGGAAGUUUUGGUUUCAGGAUCGAGAGAUGUAUAAUCUGAUGAAUAACGGAGUUGAGACUGCAUACGCGUUUCGAUUCUUUGAGACGGGGAAGCGAAAGGCAUGGCCAGGGGCGAGAGAAGCUAUCAUACACGCGAAUAAGGCUGUUAAGAUGUUUCCUAUUAAGGGUAUGAAGUGA